AUGCAGACUGCUUCUACAAACAUUGGUGAAAGACUGUGCAAGAAGCCCAUCUGUGAAAUUUCCUUGCUACUAAAUAUUCCAUGGUCAACUGUCAGUGGUAUUGUAACAAAGUGGAAGCAACUGGGAACAACAACUCAGCCACGAAGUGGUAGGCCAUGUAAAAUUACAGAUCGGGAUCAGCACAUGCUGAAGCCCACAGUGCGCAAUGGUCAACAACUGUCUGCAGAGUCAAUAGCUAAAAACCUCCAAACUUCAUGUGGCCUUCAGAUUAGCACAACAGUGUGUAGAGAACUUCAUGGAAUGGGUUUCCGUGACCGAGCAGCUGGAUCCAGGCCUUACUUCACAAAAUGCAAUGCAAAGUGUCGGAUGCAGUGGUGUAAAGCACGCCGCCACUGAACUCUAG